AUGGGGGUAAGUAUCAUUAUACUAUAUAUACCAUUAUAUGCAUGCAUCUGUGGAGGUAUCACAUUGCCUCAGUCACCACCGGGUUUAAUAAACCAAUUGCCAUAUUAACUACUCUCUGAUGACUCGACGUCAUUCCACGACAAAGUAAUAAUGGAUGACUCACCUUACCUCAUCGAGGGGACUGAAGUGUCGGCAAAGUUUAAGGGGGCGUUUUGUAAAGCAAAGAUACGGGAAGUUAAUCGAGUCAUGAAAUUCAAGGUUUUGUUCAAGUCGGGACUGGUGGCCACAGUCAAUUCGGACGAGGUGAGAGGAACGUGGCGAGUCGGUGCCACGGUGGAGGCAAAACAUCUCGUCACCGGAUUCUACAGUGAGGCAACCAUCUCCAAAAUUCAAGACUAUUCUCAAUACACGGUCGUCUUUGAUGAUGGAGAUGUGAAGACAGUGGGACGAUCAGGAAUUAUUGUAAAAUCGAGUUGUCAAUUUAAUGAUAAUGAGACAAGAGGCCAAAGUUGCAAGAUUGAUUUAAGAAAUAAUGUUCUUCACACAGACGACUCCUUUGACGACGAAGUUUCCAAAUUGAGACGACCACUUGGAACUAUCACAAACCAACCCCCACCACCCAAGAUCCGCAGACAAAGUCGCCCACCAUCGUCUCAAUUAGAUUCUGUCGGUGCUGUUUCUGUUGAUGCUGCUGUUACUCAACAACAUAGUGUCACGAAUCAGACAUGUGACCGAAGCUGAAUUGCGUGACGUGAAUGAACCUCACUACCAAGUUUUACUUGACAUCGGAUCACUACCGAAUCGGAUUUCACGCCAAGAAAUAGCCACCAAACUGCAAGAGGCGGGAUCCGACGUGUCAGUUGACAAAAUAGUGUGGAAAAUUUGUGAGAAACCUGGAUCACCUCGACGCCUGACAUCUCACUGUGUCAUGGAUAAUGGCGUUAAUUCGGACAAGCCACACUUGAUAAACUAUGCUCAUGCUGAAAGUUUUGUCAAAAGACAUCGAAAAAUUAUUAUGUCCGGAAAAAAAAACAAAAAAACUCCAGACGAAGAGAAGACCCUCAGCUACAUGCAGAAGAAUUAUGUCGACGACGUGAAAAAUAUUACCGAGACCCAAACGUAAACAUAGGAAAUUUAGAGUACCGACAUAGUAUGCUACAAAACGUUUUUUAUCUCUUCAUUUGUAUUGAUGAGCGAAUGAUUGUCGGCAAGUCGGCACACGAAGUGUGGGAAUUACUCUCCCAACAAUCGUCUACUAUAAAAGAAAAAGAGUGGUAUUUCGGCAACCAUUCCGCGCUAGGUACCCCUACAGCACGCCCCACCCAUGCCACAGAUCCAAACUCGUCCGUCCGUGGAACUUAUGUCAACUACAGACGCAUAUUCGAAUGUAUCGCUUUGCCCAUGAAGGACAAAGAGGAGGCGGAAUUGGUCGAGAGUUUUUACAUUCACAUGUUGUUCGGUAUGGCAGACAGUUCAAUAGACGUAGUAGCUUUGAACAAAGACUAUGGGAUAAGGAUCCACAAAGAUUUGGCGAGGAAAGCGUAUGAUUUUGGCGAGGCCGGUCCUUUCAUCAUAUUCGACAACGACGCA